AUGGCGACAAUGCCAGAGGGUAUGCCCUCGGUCGCGUUUGUGACCACCUCGAUCAUCACCUUCAUCUCUGGCUUCCUAAUGGGCGUCUACUCGAUCCGCGGGUACCUGAUAUCUCCUGAAUUGAAGGCAGAGCGAAAAGGCAAUCUCGAGGAUCCCGUCGAGAGCGAUGAGUCGGACAUUGACGAGGACGACACAAUCCUGGACCACGCUCCAAAUUGGGCAAACGGCGUGGAUGCGGAUCGCAGAGAUGGCUUGCGCGUUGGCGAUGCAAAGGGCAAUAGCGAAACCGCGAAGCCGGCAGCAGCUCCAGCCACAAACUCCAACGAGGAGUGUAAGCUGGUCCUUGUUGUUCGAACAGAUCUUGGCAUGACAAAGGGCAAGAUUGCAGCGCAAUGUUCCCAUGCAACUCUAGCUUGCUACAAGACUCUCUCCCGAGCAGCAGAGAAGGCACCGUCGUCGCCCGAGGCACAGAUUCUGAAGCGCUGGGAGCGCCAUGGCCAGGCGAAGAUUGCGGUGCAGAUCAAAAGCCAGGACGAAAUGCUGGAGCUCAUGGGCAAGGCGCGGAGCCUGGGCAUCACGGCCGAGGUCAUUGCCGAUGCUGGUAGGACACAGAUUGAUCCUGGUAGCCUCACAGUGCUCGGCGUUGGUCCGGCGCCAAAGAGCCAGGUUGAUCUGGUGACUAGCCAUCUGAAGUUGCUGUAA